UUUGGAGGAAACUAGUGGAGGCUGUUUUUCAAUGAAUUGAGAUCAACUGUAAGUUUGUUCUUCUAUUAAAACAUGAAGAAAAAUUAUCCGAUUAGUUUUGUGACGUGUGCUCGACAUUGUUGCUAAACGUCAAAGCCGUGGUGUCAUACAGAUUUUUUUUGUAUUAAUGAUUAACGUGUGAAACAAUAUACCUCCGACCUUCAGUCGAGGAAGAGAGAUGGGGUAACACUACAGUAAGAACUGUUUUUUAAUGAAGGUUUGACGUUGUGUGCUUACAUACAUGUUCGUUACUUCUCAUCUUAAUUUAACAUGCAAAGGAAACGGCUGUAUUUUCUUUGUUUUAUCUGUUUACACUGAUAGUUGCAGUCAAAGGCCUGAUAUAUUUUGAUUCUGAAGGUAACGAGUAUUGAAAACACGUUUUCUCUCCUCUUAUAGUUUGGCCAAGGGAAAUAUUUUGUUCGAUCUCAAUUAUUUAUUAUCUACCAAUAAUAUGCUUUUCUUGUUCCUUCGGUUCAGGGAAACAGCUGGUUCCCCUUGUGUUGCAGUUUGAUCUGUGUCAGUGUACAUGAGCUGCUGGAUUUCUGUACUUACGCCAGUGCUAUUACCUGAGGUUUUUUUUACCUUGUUAAGCCUUACUUAUCUUAGAAAGAUGUGUUUUCUGCUUUAUUUGUGCAGCCUGCGCUAGAACGAGUCUUCAACUCAUUCUCGCGCAGUGAUAUCCUGGCCUGUUUUUCAUGCUGUGUUUGGGUUUUCACAGAGAAAGCUGCCCUCCCCUCUCCCCUCUCCCCAGUGCCAGCAGCAAUGGCAGGGACAGUGCUGAUGUCUCGGUCACUCUGCCUGGGUUAUGGCAGAAAGCUGGCGGCUGGCGCACCGGUGGCCGCGCUGUGCUGCUGUACCGUCCGACAGCCCCGUGCUGUGCUCCCGCUGUGCCUGUCCUGGGCGACCCCACCUGGCCGCUCUGUGCACUGCAGCUCUGUCCGGUUCGCCGGACACAACAAGUGGUCCAAAGUGAAAAACAUCAAGGGACCCAAAGAUGCUGCCAGGAGCCGCAUGUUUAUGAAGUUUGCCUUGAUGAUUAGACUGGCUGUCAGAGAAGGAGGAGCAAACCCUGACUUCAAUGCCCAGCUGGCCAACAUCAUUGAGCAGUGCAGGAGCAAGAACAUGCCCAAAGCGUCCAUCGAGGCCGCAGUCAAAGGCGCGGACAAGUCCAAGGCCUCUUCGUAUGCGCUUUAUGAAGGCAGGGGGCCUGGCAGCUCCUCCCUGCUUAUUGAAAUCCUGACCGACAACAAUGCACGAUCCCACAGGGAGAUCAAACACAUCCUAGCGAAGAACGGAGGGACAAUGUGUGAUGGGGCGAGGUACAGUUUCCAGCGGAAGGGUGUGGUCACGGCGUCAGGGCAGGACGCGGCGGGUCGAGUCGUGUCCCUGGAGAGGGCGCUGGAGCUGGCCAUAGAGUCCGGAGCAGAAGACGUGAGAGAGACAGAAGAUGAGGAAGAGAAGCCAUUACUGCAGUUCAUCUGCGAUGUGUCCUCGCUGCGCGGUGUGAGACAGGCCCUGGAUUCCCUUGGGCUGCGGACGCUGGCGGCUGGCCCAGAGUUUGUUGCCUGCAGCUUGGCACAGCUGUCCCAGGGAGAGAUGGAAUCUGCCUCCAGGCUCCUCGAGGUGCUCAACGAAUGUCCGGACGUCAUCCGUGUGUGGGACAACAUCCAGGGGGAGGCCUAAGCCUGCUUCUAACCACCUGCCUCCUGUUCUGGCCCUGGGGCAGUAGGGGAAAAGAAAGCAAAGGAGAGUUAACCAUGGUAACCGGCUGACCUUCCUCAGGAAACAUCAUCAGGGGUCAAGCCCAUAUUUAUCAAGGGAUGCCCAUAGUGGAGAUCAGAGGCUUAUCUAACUCAGUCUAGACAGCAAGAGGGGCUGUUGGCUGUUGUGCUGUGAGAAGGACAAUAGUACAAGUUCUAGUGUGAUCAAGAGCAAAUUCCGUGUUGAAGGCCCCCACAUAAGAGCAUAAAAACAAAUUGAGAUCAUUUGGCCCAUCUUGCGUAUUUGUUUACUCUCAUUGAUCAGAAGAAUCUUGUCCAGCCUGUUCUCGAAGGUUCCCGGGGAAUCAUGCCUUCCAUAAUCCAGAACACUGGAUUGCAAAUGUUCUGGAUGACUUUUAGAUUCUGUUCAGAAUUUUUGGAUGUUGUAUUGUACCUGUUUGAAAUUAAAACCAUUAAUUUAUGAAA